AUGGCAACCAUCGCAAUGGCAGCGUCCCCAACGUCAAACAGCAGUGCCUCGACGACGUCCAUGUCGCUGUUGCAGCGCCAAUCAAGCAAAAACGCUGACACCGUAUCGGUUUGUUCGACCACCAGUGCCUUCUCAACGUGUCCCGAUCGGCACGGCUUCUACGGUGGCAAUCAGUUCUCGGAGAAACCGAAAAAGGAAACGCUUACGCGCGAACAGAUUAUCGCACGGGAAAAGAAAUGGAUCCACAUGACUGGGCACUGGGCGGAGUACAUGAACACUAAUUACAAAAAGAUUAGGGAACGCUGCAGGAAAGGUAUCCCGGAUGCACUGCGACAGAAGGCAUGGUUUCUGCUGACGGGUGCAAACCAUCUUAUGGACAAGUAUCCCGGCUGGUACCAGCAUCUACUGGAGGAACCGGGCAAUCCACAGAUUAUUGAUGAAAUUCGCAAGGAUCAGCAUCGACAGUUUCCACACCACGAAAUGUUCAUCGACGACGACAAACCGGGCCAGAAGGAGCUGUUUAACGUGCUGAAAGCGUACUCGGUAAACAACCCGACGGUCGGAUACUGUCAGGCACAGGCGCCAAUUGCUGCCUUUCUGCUGAUGCAGCUACCAUCCGAGCAGGCGUUCUGGUGCUUCGUCGCUAUUUGUGACAAAUAUCUAGAAAACUACUUUACACCCGGGCUGGAGAUGUUGCAGCGCGAUGCCGGUAUGCUGAAUCGGUUACUAAAGAAAACAUCACCAGCCGCCUAUCGCCAUCUGCAGAAACACAACGUAGAUCCGCUGCUCUACAUGACCGACUGGUUCCUGUGCGCUAUGACCCGUACGUUACCCUGGGACACGCUGCUGCGCGUCUGGGAUUGCUUCCUUUGCGAAGGUGUGCGGAUAUUUUUCAAGGUCGCACUCGUCAUUAUCGGUGCAACACUCGGGCCGCAAAAGGUACGCGCGCAGUGCAAUGGGCUGUGUGAAACGUUGGCCGUUCUUCGAUCACCACCGAAGAAGUUCCUGGAGGAGGAUUUCAUCAUGCACCACAUCUUUCGGCUGAACAUCACGAUCGAAGACUUCCAUCGGGAGCACAAGAAGCAGGAGAUGCUGCACCGGAAAGCAAAGCUAGAACAACAGAAGGCAGCACAGCAGCAGAAUGGUGGAUCAUCUAAUGGUCCAGGAAGGAAUACGUAG